AUGCACUCUCCCAAGAAAAAGAAAAACCUCUCUAGCAAUACACAUUAAAUUGAGCAUGUGCAAAGUGUCUCCACACGAUAUGUCUUAUCAGGAGAUAAGAGGGGGACACUGGAAGAAGGGGAGAAUCAGAGAAGUCAGGAUCAAACAAUAUUUUUACACAAUGCAGAGGACUAACCCCUUAGAUUCCACAGUGACUAUAACAAGCAUACUUUACUGCCAGGGACGGAUUGACAACUCAUGGGGCCCCCGGGGGAUCAUAGGGCCCCUGUGUCAUUGCCCAAACUCAAACAAGCCU